AGUUGUAGAUGUGCCACGUAAGUUUCAGUUCACGUGGUGGACGUCAGCUGUAACGAUGUCCGGCCACUAACUGCAACCGAGCUGAGCUGGCAGAUGAAGAAAGAAAAAAUGGGACGUUGCGCAAUUUACAAUUUACCGUUUGGCUGGCAAGGAUUCGCGUACGUUUCCUGCAUUUGGCGACAUCGGAACGUCAAGAAAGUCGUGACUGUUUUCACGCUCAUGGCGUUCCUUUACGUGACGCUGUUGCUCAUUCAAAACGGCUACGACGAACAGCUUCGCGCACGCAAUCUCGGACUGAAGAUCAACAUCAUCAAGUGGGUGGCCGCAGGCGAUGCAGAAGGAAGCGAUUCCGAUCGCAGGAUCUUCUUUCACGAGACCAGUGGGCGUGGCGAUUUGAGUUUCAGGCAAACUUGCACGGUCGAAUCGGCUGCUAGACACAAUCCCGACCGGCCCAUCCAAGUCUUCAUGACGGCCGAUCGACUGGACUAUUCCAGUCCGUGGCUGGAAGUGCUGCAAAAUUACGCCAACGUGUCCGUCGUCGUGACGGACCCGAAAUCCUAUUUCGCCAACACGCCGCUGGAGCGCUGGUACAACCAAGGCGAAUGGCGCAACAGCCUGCACAAGACGGUUCACCUGUCGGACUACAUGCGCGUGCUGACUCUGCUGAAAGGCGGUGGCAUGUACAUGGACCUGGAUUACGUCACCAUCAAACGGCUGGACGAGAAACAAUUGUGGAAUUUCAUCUUAUUCGAAACGGGCGACAUGAAACUGCUCACCAAUUCCGUUGUGCACCUGGAACGUGGGCACAGGCUCAUCGAUGAAAUGAUUCAAAGACUAGUCAAGUAUUACGACCCCAACGAGUACAUGUGGCACGGCCCGUCCAUGAUCAGCCACAUCAUGAGCCGCACUUGCGCCGUCAAACGCGGCCAGCCCGAGUCGAACAACUGCACGGACGUCCGUCUUUUGCCUCACAGCUACUUCGCCCCCGUCUCCAACACGGAAUGGCAAGUGCUGUUUAGCAACGCGACGGACGAAACGCUUGCCCAGCUGAAGAACGCAAGUUACGGCGUCCAUUGCUGGAGUGGCAAAUCGAAUGGUGAGCACCUCAAAGUCCAUUCGAAUCAACUGUACGCCGUUCUGGCACGUGAACAUUGUCCCCAUACUGUCGCCCUCGGUUCUGCCGAUUACUUAGCAUGAGCUCGUCUCUUUGCGGCCAUUUUGAAUGCCAAUCGAACCGUUUAGACAUUGUAUCCGGCGCCAUUUUUUUUUUGGGUAACAAUAAAAGCAGUCAACCCCA